CCUUCCGUGGAAUACUGAUUCAGCGGCCUGGGACUUCAGCCCGCGUGACCAGGUAUGACUAAUGGGAGAGCUUCCCAAGUCGCAAGGCAAAUCGUGGGGGUUUGUCGCUGACAGAAGCAUCUUCGAUUGCCUAUGAUCGACAUAAAUCUAACCUGCAGACGGCGACGACGACGACGACUUCAAGGUCUUGCUAUCUUUCACCUGCUACCUGCCCCUCCGAGCCCCCCCGAUUGGCCCCAAGUCUGCUGAUUUAUCUGGUUCCUUGAUGAAGUAGGAAGCAAAUUGUUGAAGUAAUGUGGAUCGUUAGUUGUGAGCCAGGCUGGAGGUUCUUUAUUUUGAUUCUAGAAGGACGCUGCUGAAUGAAUCUGUGUCGGGGUGCAUCAGGCAUUUGGUCGGGACUCUACUAAUGGAUGUAGAUUGCGGAAACAACUCAGACAGAAGUUGUAUAAUUAGAAAAAGGAGGAUAAAUUUGGGGGGGGGGAUUUGGCUGCACAGGGCAAUUUGUGUCAGAGUAGCUGCGCCGCUGAUGCUCCUACGUUCCAAUACGCCCGUCUAAAACGCCGAAGUGAAGGACAGGGUGGGAUUCGGUCUAGAAGACGAGAAGCUGGCUCAUCUCUCCGUCGAGAAGCCGCACCACUUAACUGGAUUGACAGACUGCACUAGUCUUCCUCGCAGAAGCGACAUUGUUCGGCUUGUGUAAUAGCUUCUGGUAGAAUCGAUUCAUUACUUGCAGUACCACUUUGUCUCAGAUACGGUUCUUCACUAUCAACACAGUGGUCGCGUGUUCAGAGGACCUUCCAAAGUAGCGGUUUUGGUAUCUCGUACGUGUUCUCUCGACCAAGUCGUCCUGGUUUGAAAAUUUGGUGAUUCUGAUGCAGCAAACCAGUAUCCCUGGUGCGAGUAGACUUGGUCCAAAGGUCUGGCAGCCUCGAAGUGUGCAUUAGUAUAUAUGUUGGAUUUUCGAUAGACGUAGGCGCUGGUUUGGAACUCCAGCUAUGAAGUUGGCCAAGUGGUGGUUUUAUGGCUGUUGAAGGAGUUCCAACUGUGAGGGAUUUCCAGAAUUCCAGAGGUAGUGUUCAGUAGGAUACAUGAAUACAUCUUAGACACUGUUGUAGGCGUAAGUGUUGAAGAAAUUCUGAUCAAUGUGGUGGGUGCUAAGUACAAAGUUCAGUGUAUCGGUUGGUUGUCACGAGUCAACAGAAAUGAAGGAUUUCAUGUACCGAGCAAUCACUGCUUGAUUCAUGUUCAACAGUCGCUACCAACAGAGUAACGACGAAGCAACAAGAGAGAAGAUUCCUCCAGGUACACAGUUUAGUGUUUGCUAAUUGAUCAGUUGGGCAUCUGUUGUUCUUCACGUACCCUGGCACUAUUUUCAAUAUGGCAGAGAUCACACACUAUAGACCCCAUUCAGACACAAAUACAGUUAAGUUUGCUACAGUCCCUGAUCUUCAAACAUACUUAGGGAUCUCAUCUUGGUUGGAGCUUAAUCAACACUGGAGAUUAGGCGAUGCUACAAAAUUCUUCAAGGUCGCAGAACACGAGGGGCAAAAUUCGAUGUCGUCCGCCGUCGAUUCGAAGAGGCUUGAUUCCGGAAAGUCGGGGAAUCAGCACAGUACCGCUCUUGCAAUGUCCAAGGAGCCCACCUCGGUGCUUGAUCUGCCAUCAAGCUGUUCAGUUUCGUUAUCCUCACAGCACAGCAUGAAUUCAGUCAGCGACGGCAUUAGUAAAGCUCUCCAAACCGUCGCGGACCAGUUACUGAGCGAUGAACAAGAUUCUGCUCAUCCUAUGCAAAGCGCCACACCUGAAACGAGCAACAUGCUAAUGGAUCAAGAUGUCAUGACAUGGAUGAGCCUUACGAGAGGCUCGGACCACUCGGCUUCAGAUAUGGAUCCAGUCCCAGAUUGGUUUCAUAAGCAACCGGAAAGACUGGAUUUGAACGCUCAACAAUACUACUGUUCAAAAACGGGUCUAGAUUUUCACAAAAAUCCCGGAACAAUGGAGAGGAUUUGCAACAACUUACCUUCCAGCCAUCAUCAUUACGUCGCGCAGCCGUUUAAGCUCAUUUCCCAAGCACAAUUAACGAUGUCGGAGACGGCAGGAAAUCAGCAAACGGGUUUCUUCGACACAAGUACUUCAUCAAAUCAAAGGGCCUUCCAGCAAUGCAGGAACGUAAAAGCCCAGGGAGCGACGCUGAUGUCCAUGAUCGAUGGCACAGGCGCUAUCACAGGAUCGCAGCUUCUAAACAGCACCGUAGUACCUACCCCCGAACUUUGGAAGCUCUUAAGCUCUCAGCACGACGCUUCACCUCAAUGCGGGAAUCAAGGCCCUCCUAACAAGCAGGCACCAAUUACUCAGGCUAGAGAUCAGCAAAACCGGAGUACAUCACUGGCAAUACCCACGCAGCAACCUCAGCCACAACUGCCUUACCAUUUCGGGCAGACGCUUUACCCUGGAGUUACACCGCAAGAUCAAGAGACUGGAAUACACAUGGUACACCUCUUGUUGGCGUGUGCUGAAGCUGUAGAUAUGUGCCAGAGCGCCACAGCGGGGCCAAUGCUGGCCAGGUUGAGAUCCAUCUAUGAUCCCGAGGGAGAACCAAUGCGACGAAUUGCGCUUUAUUUUGCCGAAGCUCUCUUCGAACGAUUGACAAUCGAGAUGAAUCGUAAGCAAUCAUCCCAUCACGGUAGUUGCGUCAGAUUCCCCGAACCAGAGGUAGAUUCAGCAGCUUCCCCUAGCCUUGAAUGUGAUAUUGCUUACCAGGCGUACUACCAAAUUCUUCCUUUCAAGAAAUUCACGCACUUGACUGCUAAUCAAGCCUUGCUUGAGGGUGUGGCGAACUACCCUCGCGUGCACAUUAUCGAUUUUAAUAUCCGACAAGGGUUGCAGUGGCCAUCGUUUAUUCAGUCUCUCGCAAUGUUACCCCGUGGUCCUCCCCAGCUCAAAUUCACAGCGGUGCAGACCGAUGCAGCCACUGUCCAGAAGACGGGUAACCGACUGGCUGAGUUUGCACGAACAAUGCACGUACCUUUCGAAUUUUACAUCCUAGAGGAGAGUGUAGAAAGCUUUCAUCAAGGGAUGAUCUCCCCAAGGGCAGAGGAGGCACUUGCAGUGAACUGCUCUGAUAUGUUGCACAGGCUGUUGCGAAAGGAGGGCAAGCUGACCGAACUCCUCGGCAAGAUCCGCAGCCUCCAACCUGUGGUGGUGACCGUCCUCGAGGUGGACGCCAACCACAAUGAGCCAUCGUUCAUGCCUCGCUUCGUUCACGCCCUUCACUACUACUGCGCUGUGUUCGAUUCCUUGGAGGCGGCACUCCUCAGAAACAGCUUGGAUCGACUUCGCAUUGAGAAUCACUGCUUUAGCACCCAGAUCAGGAGCAUCAUUGCUCUGGAGGACGUAGAUCGCGAGAUCCGCCACGUGAGAGCAGAGACCUGGCAGUCGCACUUCCUUCAAGCUGGGUUCCGAGCAGUGACUGUGAGCAGGUACGCCGCCGACCAAGCUCAACUUCUGCUCGGCCUGUACAAACCCUCGGACCGAAUGCCUUUCACAUUGUCAUCGGGAUUUGGCGGAUUGAGCCUCGGGUGGAGAGAGACUCCAGUGGUGGCCGUCUCCUCGUGGACUUUCUCACCGCCACCGUACUAGUGUUCACGUCGGCGAUUCUGUACACUUCGCUCAGCUCCCCUUCGGUACUGGCAACAUUGUGACAUAUUUGUGACAUUUUUCAUACCAAAACGACGUCUGGUUCAGUUCUUUCACUAUUUACACCCAAUUCUUCCAUUCACGCUUUACAGUUCGGUGGCACUUCGCAAGCUCCUCCCCUAGACAGUCAACUGCGCUAUGACUCACACCAAGGGUUUGGUACAGGAGUGAUGAAACCAGUCUCUAGGAAAAUCUAGACACUGCGGAACAAACAACGUAGGAACGAAAAUGAAACUUGACAAAUUCUGCAACUGAUGUCCUGGCCACUGCGGCAAGAUCAAGUGUUACCAGAAAGCGGCCAGCAAUAAAACCUAAGUCUAAAACUUGAAUUGCGUUGUGCAUAUUCGUGAAUUUUCAUGUUUAGAAAUGGACUUAAACCAGGUAGGGACUUGCUCAGAUCUAUGGACGAAACUCCUUUGGAGCAGACGCAGAGAGUGCAUACAUUUCAAGACUGCUCAAUACAUUUUCUAAAGAGAGUUACAGGCUGGGUUUGCAAACAUAGCCUGAGAGCAUAACGACCAUAUGCCAAUAUGCUUUCACAUUUGCUAUGUGGUCUUGUGCUACAGUCUCUCAACUUCGCUAUUAUCUAAA